CCAGUAAAAAGCGUAGCUCAGGGUAACUGUUUCUUAGGCCAGAUAUAGAAAGAGUAGCUGGUAAGGAAUAUGGGAAAAUAGGAUGACGCUGGCAGGGCGCUGGUAAGGAUCUGGGAGCCUAGACUUGAUUCGUCUUUGCCUAAGUCAAUGAACUUUUCCAAGCCUGAGUAUGUAAUGGAAGGUGCAUGGAUGAACACUGAUGUAGGAGAGAUUUACAAAUAGUGUUUGAGCAUCAUGGAGCUUCUAGGUUCUACCUUAACGGCAACUUAUGCCCACCCUAGACCAACACCAACCAGCUUCCUACCAGCCAUCAGUACCAUGGCUUCAAGCUACAGGGAUCGCUUCCCCCACUACAAUUUGACCCAUAGCCUGAGCCUGCCUUGGAGACCAAGCACAUACUACAAAGCAGCGUCCAACUGGCCAACCUUGGAUCCGUACUGCACCAGAUCUCAGAGGGUGUCCGAGAGCACCAUGCUACCUUUUGUCUCCAACAGAACUACCCUCUUCACCAGGUAUACACCUGAUGAUUGGUACAGGUCCAACCUAACCAACUUUCAAGAGUCCAACACUUCCCGACACAAUUCAGAGAGACUAAGGGUGGACACAUCUCGCUUGAUUCAAGACAAAUACCAGCAAACGAGAAAAACCCAGGCAGACUCCACCCAAAACUUGGGAGAACGAGUCAACGACAUAGGGUUUUGGAAAUCUGAAAUCAUUCAUGAGUUGGAUGCAAUGAUUGGAGAGACAAAUGAACUAACUGACAUUAAGAAAAGGUUGGAGAGGGCUUUGAUGGAGACAGAAGCCCCUCUUCAGGUAGCCCGAGAAUGUCUAUUUCAUCGAGAGAAGAGAAUGGGAAUUGAUCUAGUUCAUGAUGAAGUGGAAAAAGAGCUGCUGACGGAAGUUGAUAUUAUUCUGUGUUGUCAAGAAAGGAUGAAGCUGUAUUUGGACAAGGCCAUUGCCCAACUGGCAGCCAGCAGAGCCACCCAGCACGAGCUGGAGAAGGACCUGAGUGACAAGCAGUCGGCUUACAGGAUCGACGAUAAAUGCCACCAUCUGCGAAACACGUCGGAUGGCGUCAGCUACUUCCGUGGAGUGGAGAGGGUGGAUGCCACGGUCUCAGUGCCCGAGUCCUGGGCCAAAUUUACCGACGACAACAUUCUUCGCUCCCAGAGUGAGCGAGCCGCCUCUGCGAAACUGAGAGACGAUAUCCAAAACCUCCUGGUGGUGACGGCCAACGAGAUGUGGAAUCAGUUCAACAAGGUGAACUUGGCUUUCACCAACCGCAUCGCUGAAACCGCGGAUGCUAAAAAUAAGAUUCAGACUCACCUGGCAAAGACCCUGCAGGAGAUUUUCCAGACAGAGAUGACUAUCGAAUCCAUUAAGAAGGCCAUCGUGGAGAAGUCUGCCUUCCUGAAAGUGGCUCAGACCCGUCUGGAUGAGCGGACCAGGAGACCCAACAUAGAACUGUGCAGAGACAUGGCUCAGCUGCGGCUGGUGAAUGAGGUGUACGAGGUGGACGACACCAUCCAGACCCUGCAGCAGCGCCUGAGGGACGCAGAGGACACACUGCAGUCGCUGGCCCACACCAAGGCCACGCUGGAGCAUGAUCUGGCGGUCAAGGCCAACUCUCUAUACAUCGACCAGGACAAGUGCAUGAGCAUGCGCAGAAGCUUCCCCAGCACCCUGCGCCUGGUGGGCUUCUGCUAGGGGCUCUCCCUGGACCAGACGUGGUGCUCCCGGGACCAGGCGGGACCAGGGCGCUGUGCCCGCACUUAUGCAAGGGAAGAUCUGUUCACUUAUUAAAGGAUCGUAUUUAUAGACGCGUACUGGGGUGCUGUCUUGGAGAACGCUUUCUUUGCGUCCAAACCUUCAUUCCCUAUGAUUUACUAGGCUUCUGGGCUAGAGAAAUACAGUGUAACAGACUAGGUAAGAACAGUUAUUUGUAUUAUUCCUGUUAUUCUGUGUAAUAUGAAUGGGCUGGAAAGGAGAAGUGUAUUUCCUCUGAGGCCGUGGGGACAGAGAUCCUGUCCUGGCAGGUGGGUUUUGAGAGGAGAGAGGUUUCUGGGAAGGUGGUUAUCUGGGUCCUUCAAGCAAAAUGGAAGCUGGAAAAAGUGCAUUUGGACAAUAGUAAGGAGACAGUUUGGCUGUGAUUCCUAAUGGAGGGUGUGUAUGAAGAAAUAGGAUGGGUGAGAGGCCUGGAAGUGUUGGGGGAUGGUUUCAAUUCCAUGUUGGUUGGGGGAACAGUGGACAUCUCUGAGUUGGGACAUGUCCUUGUGAAAGCCUUGACUAGGCAAGGAGAGUCUGAAUUAGAGAGAUGGCCGUGGAAACCAAGAGGGGAGAAAUGCCAAAUGUGGUUCAAUGAAUCAGCCGGACUUGCUCAGCUCACCUGUGAGUGAGUGCGGAGGGUCCAAAAAGGUGACAAAAAGGUGCUGAUGCUGGAUGGACCGGUAAACGGGACAUCACUUACAUUGUAGGAGGUCUUGCCUUAUCUCAGGGGUUGUGUAUUUUUUAAAAAAACUUUUUGUUUAUUACAAAUGAAAAACAUUUGCUGAACAUCUGUUUUGGAAAAUAGGGAACACACACACACAGAAUCCCUGAAAAUUGCUUAUUUUCACAACACCCAGAAAUAAUCACUGAAGCUUGUUAGCAUUUUAUGGUACAUGUUUCCAAUCCUUUUACUAUUAUAUGUACAUAUAAAAUUUAUUUGCAUAUAUAGGUAAUAUGCAGUAUUUAUGUUUAUUUACAAAUAUGUAUAAUGUAAUGCUUAUAUUUAAAUACGUGAUUAAUAACAUUGAUUGGUAAUCUCAUUUCCUUAUUCAAAUGGGUUUCUGUCAUUAGCUGUUAAUACACAGCAUAAUUUUUAAAAACUUUACCUCAGUGUCUGUAUAAACAAUAAACACCACUUGUGGAAAUGUCAGAAAAUACAGACAAGGGAUAACAGAA